GCCGUGCGGCGCUUCCAACGAUACACGGGCGCACUGCAAUAACGCCCCGUCUACCCCCCUCACACUAGGUAAGGCAGACGGGCUGUCUUAUCUGGGUGAGGAUGACAAAAUAUUAGCAAACGAAGAAUUGUUCGGAGGGGAGAUGGCGAAACGCACGCACCUGCGUUCAGUUUAAUUUUUUUUCUGCGUCUACGCAUGACGCGCAAGUCGCCUCUGCGUGUGCGUUUUCUUUUUGCAAGAGAGCUAGCUAGCUUUUGCUACCUAACACUAACGCUGGUUAGCUAACAUUAUCGGCCGGGCAUUGCUGUUUUAGUCUACCAUGUCUGCCUCGGCCACCGGCGAGCCCGCGGUGAAAAAGAAGCAAGUUCGUUUCGCCAGGAUGGAGGAGGACGACGACAACGACGAUCAGGACGAAGACACGCUCUUUGACAAGAGGAAAGAUGCGAGGAGAGGUGUGAAGAGCGCGAUCAAAGGGGCCAGGAAGCUUCCCAACUCGGGAUCCGAGCGGGUGGCGGUCCGAGGAGGGGGUUCGAGCUGCUCCGGGGGCUGUCAUCGCUGGCUGAUCACCUUGGCGCUCUGUGGAUCAUUCCUCGGACUGGGAAUGUGCAUCUCAGUGCUGGGUCCCACCUUCGAGGACCUGGCCAUCAACGUCAAAAAGAACAUCAGCAACAUCUCCUACAUCUUCGUGGGCCGCUCCAUGGGCUACAUCGGGGGGUCGGUGCUGGGAGGGGUUCUCUUCGACUGCAUGAACCACCACCUGCUGCUGGGGUUUUCCAUGCUGCUCACGGCUUUUGGGAUGUGUGCGAUUCCGUUUUGUAAGAAGGCCCUACUGCUCACUGUUCUCAUGUCCUGUGUUGGUGUGACCAUGGGCUUCCUGGACACAGGUGGGAACGUGCUCAUCCUCGACACCUGGGGGGAUCAGGCGGGGCCGCACAUGCAGGCCCUGCACUUCUGCUUCGCUGCGGGGGCCUUCGUCUCCCCCAUCAUCGCCAAGCUGAUGUUCGGGACCGGCCAGCACCCGGGCAGGAACGCCAGCGCCGAACCGGCGCCGCCCGAAUCGGACCGGGUGUCCAAAGCGCUGGGCUCGGUCCUCCCGUUCGCCCGCAGCAAGAGCAGCUCUCUGCAGUCCAUGUGGGCCUACAUCGUCAUCGGGGCCUUCGUCCUGCUGGUGUCCCUCCUCUUCUUCAUCCUGUACUCCCGCGGCACCCCCGCCCGCGAGAGGGCCCGGACGGCCUCGGGCAAGCCGCUGGUGGCCAGGCACCACAACGCCCUCAUCCUCCUGCUCUUCUUCUUCUUCUUCUGGUACGUGGGGGCGGAGGUGGCCUACGGCUCCUUCAUCUUCACCUACGCCAAGGACUACGCCCACAUGGAGCAGGCCCAGGCGGCCGGGCUCAACUCGCUCUUCUGGGGGACGUUCGCCACCGCCCGGGGCCUGGCGAUCAUCUGCGCCGCCUGCAUGUCGCCCGGCAGCAUGAUCCUGCUCAGCCUGGUGGGCUGCACUCUGUCCUCCCUGCUGCUCACGCUCUUCAGCCGGAACAGGGCGGCCCUGUGGUCCUGCACCGCCCUCUACGGCGUCUCCAUGGCCACCACCUUCCCCAGCGGCAUCUCCUGGGUGGAGCAGUACACCACGGUGACGGGCCGCUCGGCGGCGGUGUUCGUGGUGGGCGCGGCGCUAGGCGAGAUGGUGCUGCCGGCGUUGGUGGGCUUCCUCCUGGGCCGGACACGGGAGCACCCGGUGCUCAUGUACCUGUGCCUGGGCACCGCCACCGUCACCUCCAUCCUCUUCCCCGUCAUGUACAAGCUGGCCACCUCGCCCGGCGGUGCCGGCAGCGGGGCGGGUAAGAAGCCGCGCGACCGGGGCCGGCCCGAGACCGAGGACAGCGAGUACCGCCAGGCCCUGCUGGACGCCGGCGGCAACGAGGACGAGGAGGAGGAGGAGGAAGAGGAGGGGGAGGCGGCGGAAGGGGGGGACGAGGCGGAUCAGUGGAAUGACGCCGACUUCGAGGUGAUCGAAAUGGAGGACGCCGGCCUUCUCAACUCGCCCGGGAAGGCUUUCCCUCUGGGCGCUGUCACCCUGGCCCCAGCGGGCGCCCUCCCUGCCACCCUCACGGCCGCCGCGGUGACCUCUGACCCCGCGGCAGAGCCUGCGUCUCUGUCCUCACUCUCUGACCCCUCUGUCACCCUCCUGGGGGACUCGCCACGAAGGAAGCUGCUGAUCGCCCUGGACAGAGAGAAGAGGGACUAAGAGACCGCUGAGCCGUGGAGGGGGGGGCUGCCUGGGAUCACCAGAUCUUCCCAGGUUCAAAAGGUUGAAAUGAUUUCAUACACUUUCACAAGCCAAAUGUUUUAGGAGAGACUGUCGCUGGGACAACAUCUGGAUUCCUUUGGCCUUUAAAACUACAUGUCUGGUUGGUUUCAGUCAUCUGACCUGCAUGCCUUCAAGAUUCGAACCGUAUCCGUCAUCUCACUGACUGAAAUGAGCUGUUUUGAGUGGCUAGCCAUACUGAAAUGUACAGAUACACUUUAGGGGACACCAGUUAAUGACUUGAUAUGCAGCACUGGCAGUUUGUUAUCAGUGAUGUGCACACAGUGUACUUGAUAUCACUGAAAUACUGGUAGGGUUUAGUUUAGGCCUAGGGUCAAAGCAAAAUUGUGGUCAAUAUUUAGUUUGGUUUGUAAGUAGUGUUUAAUUAAUACAUUGCUAGCUUGUAUGAGCUUUACAGGUGAAUAUUCUUCUAUUGACAGUGUGUCUGAUAUAUGUUCAGCU